CCCGCGUCAGCGGAAGGGCCGCGCCGGGCCGGGCCGGGCCGGGCCGCGCCGUGCCGGGCUGCCGUAAGAUGGCCGCCCGCGAGGGCUGAGCGCCGCCCCGCCGGGGAGCCGCCGCCAUCGCCGCCAGGGAAAAAUGAGUGGUGGGUUGGCACCAAGCAAAAGCACUGUGUAUGUGUCCAAUUUACCCUUUGCUCUGACCAACAACGAUCUAUACAGGAUUUUUUCAAAGUAUGGGAAAGUUGUCAAAGUUACUAUUAUGAAAGACAAAGACACCAGGAAGAGCAAAGGAGUUGCCUUUAUUUUGUUUUUGGAUAAAGAAUCUGCACAAAACUGUUCUCGGGCACUUAAUAACAAACAACUGUUUGGAAGAGUAAUAAAAGCAAGUAUUGCCAUUGAUAAUGGAAGAGCAGCAGAAUUCAUUCGCAGGCGCAACUACUUUGAUAAGUCUAAGUGUUAUGAAUGUGGGGAAGCAGGACACUUAAGUUAUGCUUGUCCUAAAAAUAUGCUGGGAGAGCGGGAGCCACCAAAGAAAAAAGAAAAGAAGAAGAGAAAGAAAGUAGUUGAACCAGAAGAAAUUGAGGAGGAAGAAGAAAGUGAAGAGGAAGGAGAAGACCCUGCUCUGGACAGCCUCAGCCAGGCCAUAGCUGUCCAGCAAGCCAAAAUUGAGGAAGAACAACAAAGAUGGACACAGACUGCAGGGGAAUCUUCCAUUUCUGAUGACUCAAAACGUCCUCGGAUUAAGAAAAGUGCUUAUUUCAGUGAUGAGGAAGAACUUAGUGAUUAAAAUAAUAUUGUUUUAUAUGCAUAUAUAUAAUAUAUACAGUGUACAUUUUGUAAAUUGCAACAAAGUUAUCUGUAAUACAUGUUUUUCUUGGUGUUGAAGACACUGAAAAUCAUGUUGCAGUUCUACCCUCCCAGCUGAACAUCUCAUUUUUUGAUCUCUCUCAAUCUCUCUCUCUCUCUCCCUUCCACUAAGCCCCUUUCUGCCCUCAAGGCAGCUUUAUACAAGUUAUGUGUUUCUAUGCUUAAAUCCAGAAAAAUAUCAGGGAGAAUGCUUCCUGCAGGUAAUAUCUAGGCCUGAAAUGGGAGUAAAAUCUUACAUUAGAGGAGUUCUUAAGAGUUUUCCUAAGAGGACUUCCUCUUAGAUCACUGUUAGCACCUCUGAUGCUUUAUUAGUCCAUUUAUUGUCUGUUUGGAAGCAGUACUUUAGUAGUGUAUGAAUAAUCUUGCACUAGCUCUCUUCCUAGGGUUGAAUUUCAGCCUUAACUGUUGUAUUAGACUUUUAAUUCUUCAUGCAGGAAUACAAUAAAUUACUGUUACAUAA